AAGAGAAGGAGAGCGUAUUUUGCAGAGCAUACUAUGAUGUAAUAUUCCUACCCGUAAUGAGAGAUGGUGGUGGAACUGAGGGACAGUGGUGGGAUGCAUAAUUGCGAAUCGCGGAAUUGAUCGUCGAUCCAGCAAUUGGAAAUUGAUUAUGGACGGCGUGAUACGCAUAAGCGAAGGAAUUGAAAAAAUGGCAAUAGCUCAAGCUGCAGCUGAAGCAGAAAAAAUAAUGCAAUUAAAGGAGAAAAAGAUGGACGAAAAGGAAAAAAGAGAAGAACAAGAAAGGAAAGAAAGAAAAAAAGAGGAAGAAGCGAAAGAAGAAACAGAACGAAAUGCAGAAAGACGGAGGGAAGUACGAGUACGCGCGGAAAGCGAAUAUCCGCUUUCCAAAAAUAAAAUUAGAAAAAUAAUAAAACGCCUCUUGCGACCUGAUCGACGAAGUCGUGGCCGCGGUCGCGGCCGCGGAGGAGAAACUUCAUCAGGAUGGCGGCGAGGCGGCCACUCCGGGUGGCGGCGAGGUGGCCGCGGAGGCCACUCCGGACGGCACCGUGGCGGCCGCGGAGGUGUAAACAAAAACUUUUUCAUAAUAAACCAGAAUAGAUAA